AUGAACAACUUCCGUAACUAUUACCACCUACCUUGGCCAAAGUCUCCGCGGCAGCGGCCAGUUCGCGGAAGAAUCGCAUUUCCGCCGGUGAUUCCUGCGUUACAAUUUCCGGUUAUGACGAGCUCUUGCACAUCGGCGAUGUUUAGACUCCUCAAUCGGCGUUUCUCUUCCGCCGGACUAGAUGUGUUCAUCAGCGGAGUCAGUCGCUAUCGCCUGCUGAGCGCGUCCGACAAGCGUAAGCUGCUGGAAGCACACCGGCAGAAGGUCAGUUUGGCGCUCUGUUGCCACUUAUGCGUGCAGUCACUGCCAGAAGCAGCUCUGAAGGAUGCGGAGAAGGCGUUAGACUUGCGAAGCGAGCAUGCCGGCUCCCCUAGCCCCGGCUCUGCGACGUCGGCUCCGUCCGAACAGCCUACUCCAAUCACAGCUUCACAUCGCAUCGCUGCCGAACUUAAGCGUCUGAAAGGGCGUCUACAGGGUUCAGGCCGCUUCCAUGAGCGCCAUCAGCCAAUCGGCGUUGGAGUCAGCAAGUUUUUUAUGGGCGUCGACCCCAACACCCCGCUGGAGCCGUACGACAUUACAACGCCGUUAUUCGACGCCGAUCGUGAAACUGAAACGCUGGUUUCCGACGUGAAGAAAGCAGCAGCGUAUGACGACGUGCAGAGCAUGCUGUCCGCUCUGCGCCCCGUCCGCCAGGACGCGUUAACAGACAGGCUUGAGGACGUGAUGUCAAGGGCUAUCGAGCGCAACGUUGCACGCCUCGAGCGCCCCGUUUUGUUCAACGAGCUGUCGGACUUCGAGUCGAGUUACGCCAUGAACCGGGCUGCUAUGCGGAACCUUUUGGCGAACCGCUGCACGCGAAACGCGUUCGAAGAGACCCGUAUCGAGCGUUUCCUGGACCGUCUGAAAAUUUCCGAGCAGCGACUGGACGCCCCUCUGCCUCCGGAGGCCGUGGAGCCUCUUAUGGCUUUUCAGGGCUAUAGCAGCUAUUCGUUUGACCCCUGCGUCCGCGACGAGUCAUUCCUCAAGCGUCUCGGCACCCCCGAGGAGUACCCGGUGGGCCCUGAUUCGAAGUACCCCUUCAGGAACUAUUUCGCCUUCGACAGCUGCAUACCUAAUGACGUAACUGGGUCGAUCCGCAUGGGUAAACGCCGUCCGUCGCCGUCGAUUCGCUACCCCAACCUCCAGAGCGUGGCGCACUCGUUGCCCGCCGAUCGCAAGUACCGCGCCGUUGUCAGCAACGCCAUCCGCACGCUGGAGCGCAGCAAGGGCUGGGACCAUGCGAGCAAGGUGAAGGCCAUUAACCGCCUGGUGCAGGUGUACAACAAUCUGGCGCCGUCACGGUACUACUCCCGCGUGCUCGACAAGGCCGUCCCCUCGGUGCGUGCCAAGGGAAGCGUCGUGCGCACGCGUUCGCGGCAAGAAACCUUCAACAAAGGGCUGCACUACAUCCAAUCGCUCACGCGAAACCACUGGAUGAAACGCAAGUGA